UAGUAGCAAACUUAUUUGUUGAAGCGCUGACAAGUUAAAUACUGUAAUACAAAUAUAAUAAAACAAAAUGGCAAAAAUUAUGAUCGUGUUUGUGACCUUAUUUGGCGUUGCUUUUGCUUUGCUUCCAAAUGUUCAUCAUAUUGGUUCUGGUGGUGGAUUCGGUGGUUUCCAAAUGCCUUUCGGAGGCCAUCCAGCUGGUUUUGGAAGUGGUAGCCUUGGUGGUUUCGGAAGACAACAAGGUGGUUUUGGUGGAGUUCAUGGUGGUAGCCAUGGUGGUUUUGGAGGACAUCAAGGUGGUUUUGGAGGAGUUCGUGGUGGUAGCCUUGGUGGCUUGGAAGGACAUCAAGGUGGAUUUGGAGGUAUUCAUGGUGGAAGCCCAGGUGGUUUUGGAGGACAUCAAGGUGGUUUCGGAGGAGCUCAUAGUGGUAGCCUAGGUGGUUUCGGAGGACAUCAAGGUAGUUUUGGAGGAGUUCAUGGUGGUAGGCUAGGUGGUAUGGGAGGACAUUCAUCAGGCUUCGGAGGAGUUCAUGGUGGUAGCUUAGGUGGUUUGGGAGAACAUCAAGGUGGUUUUGGAGGAGUUCGUGGUGGUAGCCUUGGUGGAUUGGGUGGACAUCAUGGUGGAUUUGGUGGUAUUCAUGGUGGAAGCCCAGGUGGUUUUGAACGACAUCCUGCCAGCUUUGGAGGCGUACAUCAAGGUGGCUUUGAUUUAGGUGAUCACCAAGGAAAAAGGAUUAAAUGGUAAUCAAGAUGGUUUCCAAGUGAGUCCCAAAAUUUUUUUUGGUUAUUUUCAUGGGUGCUCAAGCUUAAUUUAAAAGCUUAUAGGGUAAAGUAUUUUUGAGAUUUUUUUCAUAUUUUUCGAAAGAGGUUUAGAGGUCUUUCAAGUCGAGUUUUGCCAAAAAUUGGUUUGUCGGCCUUUUUUUGAGUUUUUUUCUAACCUCUUCCGAAAAAUCUCAAAAAUAUUUGACCCUAUAAGGACAUACUAAUGCACAUGAUAGUCUCAUUCUUUGCACCUAAGUCGAAGUAUAUACAUAAUAUAAAAUAAA